UUCUCAAACGCAGAUCUAUCAGUUUAGUUUCUUUCAGCGUUCCAUCAUUUCCUAGCAAAAUGAAAACCUCAAUUUUCCUAUCGUGCUUUGCACUUCUGCUCAUAAGUGAUUUGUGCCUUGGCUACCCUAUAGAAGAACGAGAGGCUGAUAGACCUAAAGUGGAAGAGAAAAUUCAGAGUACCCAGGACAACGGACGGAAAAUUCUCACAACCCUGGAGGAACAGGUUGACGCUCUUUCUUCCUUUUUGAGCUCAAAUAAUAGGGAUCAAGGGUUGAUUUGCUUACGAAAUACUUUGGCUAAACAAGAAGUCCAGUUUCUGCCCAAAUGUUUUAAUCUUUAAGUUAAUUGAUAUUCAAAUAAUGUUUUCAUCCUGUUCUGCAAUUUUCCUUUCUUAUUAAUUGUCGUUAAAAGCGAAAAGUCUUCAUAGGAAGUUAACAGUUUUAGAGGUUUCAAUUAUUAUUUACUUCCUUGUCUUUCUUCUUUGUUUAUAUGUAUAAAUUUCCAAUUUUUUAUUUCCCAACUUUAAGGAGGCUUCUCCUACUUUAUUACAGAGACGAAACUUUAAACUUCGAGUUUAGUAAGCACACCAAGCUGUGCAUGCAUUUGUAAUUAGAAAUAAAAGCAGACAUGUUCAUAUCCAUAAAA